CAUAUUCCAACAGCAGCCAAGGGAGCUAGCUCUCUUGCCGUCUUGGUUAUGCGGACUGGGUCCAAUCCUAAAAAGCUGUUUUUAUGAACUGUUUUUAUUGGAUAGGAUGAUUAUGUUGAAUAAACGAGGUUUGUGUCAAUGGGAGAUUGACUUGGAGUUUUUACGAGUUGAUUCUAAAACACAAUAACCUUUUUUAGAAAGCUGCCAUAAAAGCAGUUUUUAUUGCUAUGUGUUCGGGGAAGUCUCAAGCGUAGUUUGGAAGAACUGUGCGGUACGGUAUCGCCAGGAAAUAAAUUUGUGGGACCGAUGAUUCGAUUUGGAUUGCUGUUGAUUUCGAAGAGCAGGUUUGAUGCGGAUGAGCCGCGUGCUGUGCGCUACUGUCCAAGUUGAUGCUAUUUUGCCAGGGCUUGUUCUCAGCCACGGCCCUGGCUCAGGCCGCUUGCCAGAAACAGAGCACAUCCCGCAACUCGGCAACAGCCAUUGAUAACGUCGGGCUUGUCCUCUUCGCUUGCGUGAGCUACAACCAAUAGGGUCCAAUACGCGACCAGUAUCACCUUGCCCUUGGCCCGCUCCGGAACGAGCCAGCCGCAAAGCACUCUCGUUCCUAAUUGGCCUGGUACAUGUAUAUCUGCCAGCAGCCGAGAGGAGAGUCUGGAGCUGUACAGUGUCGGAUGGUGUUGUGUAAUUCAUUCAUAUCAAGGAAGUUCAUCAGGCAUUGCGACACACCUAACAAAGAGGUCAGAGCUGGCUUUGCACACCGUUGGUCUUUUCCUGGCGACUUAGGAGAAGCAGCAGUGGCUAGGGUGGAGUGAAGACAGCGGCGGGACUCGGACAUGAGCGCAGGCCCCAGCCACGCACCUUCUUCGGAUCUACCUCCUCUCGUCGAGCGUGGCUAACAAAGUGGUGAAAGGGAGCUCUUCAGCAGUUAAAUCUGUGUCAGACCUGCUGUAGCACACGCACGCACGCACGCACACACAACACACGUACACACACACACGUGUGGCAACGCAAUGUGCAUAAACGCAAGCGUCAGUUCAAACGUGCUCUCGUACAGAGUGCCUAACGCGGCCCUUUACCUAGGAACCACGGUUGCCAUAGCAUCAUGUCUGUGCAGCAUCUGUAUCAUCGCCGUGCACGUUCUUCUGCGCUUUCUAUCCGUUUCAGGCCAGGGCAUGCAGGCACAGUCACGUCUGUUUGUGGUGUUUAUAUCCGUGUGCAACGUAGGCGUGUGCGUACUGAACAGCCUGGGAUCACUGACGUACGGUCAACCGGGAGUGCGCACGGCGUAUCUCGUGUGUCGGUGGCAGGCGAUGCUGGGCAUCAUGCUGAACAUGGCGUUCGUCCUGUGGGUCCUGUCGUUCGUCGUCUUCCUCUACAUCAUGAUCCCACGCGACAAGAUCAAGUCAGCCAUCAAGUACCGAUUGGUGUUCCACUGCAUCUCCUGGGGAUUCCCCGUCGCCCUCGCACUGACCGUGUACUUUAUGGAUGCGGUGCCCUCUGCGCCGCGGAAUACGAGUGAUAUUAGCCUUCCGAGCAGUGUCGUGAUCAAUCAAUACUCGCGAGCAACCGUCGGUUGGUGUUGGAUAGCGGAACAACCGGCUCAGCCCAAUGGUCUGCGUUGUGACCAGGCGCGCCUGCUGUGGAUGCUGGUAGCGGGCAGAGGGUGGGAGGUGCUCGCCUACGUCGUGAUGGGGGUGCUGGUCUUCCUGAUCCGCCGAUACGUCACUACCCUGAACUCCCCACUGUCACAGCUGUAUUCGCAUCCCAAUGGCUUGCUGAUCAAGGGCGCAAUGAAAACGAUCAGUGGCAAGGCGUGCGCACUGGUCGUCACCUUCAUCUUCCUGCGCGUCUGGGGCACGAUACGCGUGCUGUUUGACUACGGCGAGUACUACAACAAGCAUCCCACCGUCAACCUGGUCUUCGUCUAUUUCCAGGCUGUCGGCGACAAUGCGCAGGGCGUUGUCAAUCUCAUCCUAUUCGUCCUGAUGGCUCCAAAGAUCCGCGGCGAGCUGGCAGCGGUACUGUGCAUACGCUGUCGCCACUGCUGCUGCUGUUGCUGUUACCACGGCGAUGACUGGCGCUACAGACGGCAGAAUAACUUGGACGAGGACAGUGGUGGUUCUGAGGAGAGUGUGGAUCGUCCGUCAGACCUCAACCUACCUCCCAGAGACGCGCCUUUGUCCAGGCAGCUGACAACGACAACGAGCUUGUUAACAGUCAGUUCUGGCGGUGCCCGUGACGUGGUGCUGGCCGAUGGCAGCACGGUGCACACUCACCGCAGAUCCAACGCGUCCUCGUCCGACUAUCGCUCCAGCGCCCCCGAGCUGGAGAUGACCGAGAGCCACCCGGGAUGCAGCUGGGCAGGGAGAUUAUCGCGGCAGAACAGUCGCGGCCUGGACCUGUCGCAGCGCAGCCAAGAGUCCUACCUCUCGGCCAGCUCCAUAAACUCCCACCACACAGGCAUGUCUGGCACGGCAGCCAUCGCAUCCCCGAUCACUGAAGUGGAAGACACGGAAACCGUCCACCGUGCGUUACCAGCAGUAGUGCGUCGUCCGCGACGCCGAUUGCGUACGAAAGCCUCCCAGCUGCUACACUUCGACCUCCGUCACCGAAGGCAGCAGCGCGAUCAACGUCCCCGAAGGCAACACCACGACCAACGCCCCAGAAGGCAGCACCACGACCAACGUUCUCGAAGGCAGCACUAUGACGAACGUCCCCGAAGGCAGCACCACGGCAACCCGUGCAUAUAAUGGCCAGUAUAUCCUUUGUGCUUCGUGCUGCUCUGUUUUUUAAUGCUCUACCUAAUGACUUGAAAUCCUCUUUUUUUACGUCUCAGUUCGAUCGUGGUUUUAAGCGCUUAUUGGAUGAUCCAGUUUGGUUUGAACGAUAUCGUGCAAUUUUGUUUGACAACGUUGGCAACGUUUAGUCUCUCACCAGCUACAUGUAUAUAUUGCCCAGGUUCAUUCAGCAUACGUUUUUCUUCUUUUUUCUUUAUGUUCACCACUCAUCCCCCUUUUUUUUCUAAACAUUUACACUGAUGUACUUGUAUAUACAUUCUUUAUUCUUUUAUUUUUUGGUCCCAUCGGCCUCUUCAUAUUUGUGCAGCUGCACUGUUGAGCUUCCGAUGUACAUGUAAAACAAAUAAUAAUAAUAAUAAUUUGUCGUUUGUCUCUUUCCC